AUAUAAUUAGUGAAUUAUACUUAUAUUAUCACCGUAUAGGGAGAUAGACCUGAGCUCCAGAGCUCCCAACUCGGAAAACAAAUCAUGGAACCAAUCAAUUACAGCAACGGUGAUGCUGAUCAGGUUCUGCUGGAAGACUACUCUUAUGGGAUAAAAGUUUUGUUAAACAGGCCUAAGCAAUUGAAUGCACUUUCCUUUCAAAUGGUAUCUCGGCUAUUGGAGCUAUUCCUUGCUUCUGAGGAGGAUUGUAAUGUCAAGCUAAUAAUUUUGAAGGGGAAAGGAAGAGCAUUUUCUGCUGGUGGUGAUGUUGCUGCCGUAGUCCGGGAUAUUAAAGGUAAUUGGAAAUUAGGUGCAAAAUUUUUCCAGAAAGAAUUCAUCUUGAACUAUGUGAUGGCUACAUACAGUAAACCCCAGGUUUCAAUUCUUAAUGGAAUUGUCAUGGGAGGUGGAGCAGGAGCUUCAAUACAUGGUAGAUUUCGAGUUGCAACAGAGAAUUCGGUGUUUGCGAUGCCAGAAACAGCUUUGGGACUCUUCCCAGAUGUAGGUGCCUCGUAUUUUUUAUCAAGACUUCCUGGAUUCUUUGGAGAAUAUGUCGGUCUCACAGGUUCUAGGUUGGAUGGUGCUGAAAUGCUUGCAUGCGGUCUUGCUACUCAUUUUGUUUCUUCAGUGAGAUUGUCUUUGUUAGAAGAAGCCCUAUGCAAGGUAAAUUCAAGCGAUCCAGACAUCAUUUCUGCAACUAUUCAUGAAUUCUCUCAGCAACCUAGUUUGAAAGAGAAGAGUUCCUACAACCGAUUGGAUAUCAUUAACAAGUGCUUCUCUCGAAGAACGGUUGAAGAAAUUAUAUUUGCACUUGAGAGGGAAGCUGUAAACAGCACAGACAAUUGGAUCUCUUCAACAAUUAAGUCACUGAAGACAGCAUCCCCAACAAGUCUUAAAAUCUCUCUCAGAUCAAUACGAGAAGGGAGGGUCCAAGGUGUGGGUCAAUGCCUUGUUCGUGAGUACAGAAUAGUUUGUAACAUCAUGGAUGGACAAGUCAGCAAGGAUUUCUUUGAGGGUUGCAGGGCUAUACUGUUGGAUAAAGAUAAGAACCCAAAGUGGGAACCUUCUAAAUUGGUGCUAGUGAGUGAUGAAAUGGUUGAUCGUUACUUCUCUAAGGUGGAUGACAAAGAUUGGGAGGAUCUAAAGCUCCCUGUGAGAUCAAACUUGCCUGGACAUGCCAUCGCAAAGCUGUAAGCAACAUUCUAAACUGAGUUGGAAUUUGCAAAAUCACAACUUUAGAAUGUUAAAUCUUUUCUUUUGGGAUACCUCAUAUCAUGAUAUCAUUUACUGGGAUAGUUGAUCUGCAAGAUGUUCAUAUUCCCAUAUGGUAUGGGGAUGAGUAUUUAGAUGUACUAAAUUUGUAGAAUAAAUUGAUACCAAAUAAAGUAGCAUCAUGCCCAAUGCAUUACAGUGGAAAUUUUAUUGUCUCUU